AUGUCUCUGGUGCCAACACAGCAACCUCAUACCUUUGUUGACAACCACGCAUCGUUGCAUUCUGCCUCCAAUAUCGCGAAACUUGGUUCCGAGGCGACCCUUGACACGCUCCUCAGCUCUCCCAACUCUAUGGAACGAAGUGCUACGGAGUACUCGCAGUCAGGUUUGCCUUCGCCCUAUCCAAGCAACUUCGGCGACACCAAUUCUGAAGGUUCGAGGGCAGAUCACGCAUCUGCUGCGCAAUAUCCUGUCAAGCAGGAAGUCAAUUAUUCGACCUCAGCCACUCCCACCUCCGAGUACGGCGUCUAUCCUCAGUCAGCCCGAUCAGGAUCUUUCCCAGAGCACGUCCAGCGUUCAUACCACCCUACCAGCAGCACCAGCACUGGAGGUAUGGCGCAACAACAGAACAGUCCGUCAAUGCCCCAGCAGGAUGGGCGUAGCCAUCAGACCCAUCCGGUCAAAUCUGACAACGAUGUUCCUAUAGAUCCGUCCAUCGCCGCGCCGAGCCCAACUUACGCUUCGUAUGGGCAGCAUUCCCCCUACGCGCCUAACCCAGACAUGACACACAGUUAUUCCCACCCAGGUGGCGGCAUGUAUGCGCAACCUCGGCCAGACUGGGCUGGUUACCCUCAGCACGGUGGUGCGCCUUUGACUCCCGGUCACCCAGUUUACGCCCAAAACCCUGCCUCUGCGCCACCUCAAGCACGACCAAACCAGGUUUACUCCUUCGUUCCCAUUCCAGGUGCGCAACAGCAUAAACGACCUCGGCGACGAUACGAGGAGAUUGAGCGCAUGUACAAGUGUGGAUGGAAUGGCUGUGAAAAGGCCUACGGCACACUGAACCACUUGAACGCUCACGUUACCAUGCAGUCUCACGGGCAGAAGCGAACACCCGAAGAAUUCAAAGAGAUCCGCAAGGAGUGGAAGCAGAGGAAGAAGGAAGAAGAAGCCAACCGAAAGGCCGAAGAGGAGCGACAACGCCAGGCUGCUGCUGCCGCCGCCGCUCAGAAUGGAGGUGGUGAUCCUCAAGGUCCUGAUGGCACGCCUACCUCAUCCUACCCGGGACGAACAGUUCAGCUGCCUCCCAUCGGAUACCAGCCUGCUCAGUACCCGCCACCACCUUCUGGGGUUCCUCAGCAGCCUCUCCCCGACUAUAACAACAGCCAUAUGUACUCGAAUUAUCAACCUCACUCGCCUUACGCGCAGCCCAGUCAGGGCAUUCCUUACCAAUCAAACGGUGGUCAACCCCCAAGCCACUAA